CCCAAGCGGAAAUGUUUGUCCUUGUUGAGGCUGACAGGGAGACAGAGUCCUGACGUGCUCCUUCCUGUGGGCCCCAAUCUUGGAUUCCUGAGUAGCUGCCUCGGCCUCUUCAAGAUUUCCUCGUAUCACAGGCCCCCAUGACUCGCUCACAACUGGCCAGUCAGUUCUCUGACCAUUUCACAAAGAGCCCUGGAUGAGAUGCCUGUUUGCUCAGGGCCCCUUGGCCUGUGGAGGCCAUAUGCCCCUGACUGCCUCACCGCUUUGGGCCACCUCUCCCUGAUCACUCAGGGGUUGCCCUUCAGCAGUUGCUCAGGUAACACUCCCAGGUUCUACCACAGGCAGGCUGGAGUCAGGGACUCUGGGAGGGAGGAGUGCUUGCCCUGCAGCCCUUGGCAACUACACAACACUGCCUUUUCCUCCCACCCCACCAACCCAGUCAGCUAGGAGACACCUGUGGAGCCCCGGAGUGCUUGGAGGCCAAAGUCUGUAGGUGACUCAAGGGCCUGAGGGAGUUUCAGGAGCAGAAGGGCAAAAAAGAGAAGGGGUGAUCCCUGAAGCGAUUGUGUAGGAGGUGAAGUCAGAGGCUGAAAGAGCUCCAUAGCUCCCCUGCCUCCAGCCUCCGCCUGUUGUGGGAUCUUUCAUGUCCUGCCUAGAAAAGAUAGAGCAAUGACUGGAUUUCACAACCCUAAGGUUGGAGGGGUCCGUGGAUAUGAAAGAGUUGGGUCUGUCUAUUACUCCUGGUUAAGAUUUGGGGGCUCCACUUCUCCUGUCUGGGGUAAGCCAGAAGUCAGGUUCAUCUCCCCUGUCCGCCGGUUAAGUCAGGUGGAAUGGAAGAAAGCAAAGGUUAUUUAGGGGUAUUUAGAGCUUGCCUAGCCAACUCUGUGGUGGCUAAGGGAAAGUAAAACUCAGGAUCAGACAGUAGCAUCUCUUCCUGGCUUGUCCCUAACAGUCCUCUAAGCACCUAGGAAACCAGGCAGCUCCAGUUUGAUCCACUUAUUCCGAAAACAGGUCUAUGACUGGCAGGGGUCUGGUCUCUGGACAUCAGGAGGAGGAGACCACCAAAGACCCGGGGGCCAAAAUACCACCAGUAUGGCCUAGAAGCCGCCUGCCCAGCAUUGAUGAGGUCCGACCAGCAGGCACAGGCCUGGGUCCGGCCUCCCGCCGUGGAUCUGUGCUGGGCCUCCCGUUGUCCUUCUCACGACGCAACUCGCUGGUGGGGCUGGGCCUGGGGGCUUCUGGUCGGCGGCCAUCUCUGGCACCAGGAUCCCCUCUAGCUUCUAGGAUCAGUUUCUCAGGGUUGCCCCUGACAACUGCCCGGCGGGUGGCACCCUCAUACAGGCUGGAGCCUGCACCUGGGCAGCGCUGGGAGGCUGUGCAUGCCCAGCAAGCCUUGGAGGCAGCCUUGCAGAUUGCGCUGAACAACAUGCGCUUCUCAGGCUACUCAGGUACGGAGGCCGGCAAGCUGACUAGGGAGCUAUGUGACCAGGUGCACGUGCGCCUGCGUGAGUGUACCCCACCACGCUACAAGCUGGUGUGCAAUGUGGUGCUGGGGCCCUGUGCCGGGCAGGAUGUGCAAGUGGUCAGCCGUGCACUCUGGGAUGAGACCUGCGACGGACUGGCCUCCGCAUCCUUCACCAAUGCCUCCCUCUUUGUGGUGGCCACCGUCCACGGGCUCUACUGUGAGUAG